AUGUGUAUCUGGGACCUGGCCGUCUUCCAGUGCGGCCAUUUCGGCGGCUUCAGCCGGAGAGACGGCGGCUGCGCACUCCCCAAGCCAGCAUGCGACAAAGAGCGAGUCAACGCUAUCAGAUGCCACUUACCAUAUGACUGUCUAGAUUGUGCGCAUCGCUGGAGCCAAGGCAUCCCUCUCCAUCCUGAGGACGACAUCCACCCUGUCUUCCGGAGCGUUCAGCAGCCCAUGCUCCCUGUGGUUCUACCCCCGGCGCAAGGAGUCGCAGUCUCUCGUCACGCAACAGUCCGCAAGAUGCCGUCGCCCAAGGACAUGGUCGAAGAGGACGGAUAUGACUUCUCGGAGUUCGCAGAGUACGCCAAGUAUCCGACCCUGCCGCAGAAGCGGCCGUGGCAAACCAGUCCGACCAAGAUCAUCAAGCGGCACAGAAUCUCGAGGUCCAAAUACUCGAGCGACACGCCCCAGAUGUUCGGCCGCCUGGGCAACAUCGCGGAGGACCUGUCGGAAAUCGCCAUGCCGGCUGCUAGGGCGCGCAAGGGCGGGGAGGGUUAUUCGCCUCCCAAGGACGUGCGCCUCCACGGGACCGUCCAGGAUGUGUCAGAGCUUGACCAUCUUCCUCCGGGCCUGAUCGCCGGGUUCGCCAACAACACCUCCCCGACGGGCCGGCGCCAGCGCAACGAGAGAUCCCCGGUUCUUCUGAACAACGCGGGCGUGGCGAAGCGUCGCAUCUCGCCCACGAACAGCUAUGCCCCGCGUCGCAUCUCGCCGACGCAACGCAUCUCGCCCACACACCCCAGGGCGCUGUACGCCACAGCCGACCCUGCCAGCGCCGCCACUGGCAGCACGUACACCGCCUACAACGGCUACGCAGCAGCCUCCCAAGCCGCCACCCGCCAAAAACAAACCGCCACCCGCACCUACCAAGAGACCUAUGACGAUGUCUCGGAUAUGAUCCAGAGCCGCCGCUAUUCCCCGGAAGAGAUCAUGGCCUCGAACAAAUUCGCCCAAUUGAGCAUCAGAGAUCAGGACGAGGUCUUCUGGCAAUACGAGAGAGAACAACAGGCACAACAAAACGGGCUUAAGGGCCUGGGCAUAACGAUGGAGCGAAGGAAGACGCAUAAUCUGCCAGUGAGGUCUCGCGAGGAGGAUGGGCGCACGAAAAAGAAUGGUUGUGUCGUAAUGUGA